AUGUCGAUAAGGAGUAUACUUCAGGACAUGAAGUUUUCCCGGUCGCAGCGGGUGGUCCAAGACUCGGCUGGCUCGGCCGAGACGGUGGGUGAGUCACUGAAGCAGAGCUGCUGGGCUCAGAUGCCUCAGGAGCUGCUGAGGGAGGUGCUGGUGAGAAUCGAGGCCUCCGAGGCCGCUUGGCCGCCGCGGAAGAGCGUCGUCGCCUGCGCCGGUGUUUGCCGGAGCUGGAGGCACCUCACCAAGGAGAUCGUCAAGGCUCCUGAGCUCACUGGGAAGCUGACCUUCCCCAUCUCCGUCAAGCAGCCUGGUCCAAGGGAUGAUCUCCUGCAGUGCUUUAUAAAACGGAACCGUUCCAGCCAAACAUAUUACCUUUUCCUUGGUCUUACCCAUGCACUAACUGAUGAGGGAAAGUUCCUACUUGCUGCGCGCAAGUAUAAACGCGCCACCUGCACUGAUUAUGUUGUCUCACUACAUGCUGAUGAUAUGUCAAAGGGGAGCAGCAACUAUAUUGGGAAAUUGAGAUCAAACUUUUUGGGAACAAAGUUCACAAUCUUUGAUGGGCAGCCGACUCAUGCUGGAGCCAAGAUUACAAAAAGUCGCUCUACUAGGCCAGUAAAUUUGAAACAAGUUUCACCUAGGGUCCCUGCUGGAAACUAUCCAGUUGCUCACAUCCAGUAUGAACUAAAUAUGUUGGGUUCCAGGGGUCCAAGGAGAAUGCAGUGUACCAUGGAUGCCAUUCCUGCCACUUCAGUUGAACCUGGAGGAGUAGCCCCCACACAGGCAGAUUUUUCAUAUAGUAAUGCAGAAUUCCUUCCAUCCCUCCCAUUUUUCCGAUCAAAAUCAAACCAUGCGGAAAGAAUAUCAGGGCCUUUGGCCAGCCAGAAAAGUGGGGUGCUGGUGUUAAGAAAUAAGUCUCCUAGGUGGCAUGAGCAACUCCAGUGUUGGUGUUUGAACUUCCAUGGACGAGUAACAGUUGCUUCAGUGAAAAACUUUCAGUUGGUGGCUUCUCCAGAAAAUGGACCAGCUGGGCCAGAACAUGAGAAGAUCAUCCUCCAAUUUGGAAAAGUGGGGAAAGAUUUAUUUACCAUGGAUUACCGGUACCCAAUAUCAGCAUUCCAGGCAUUUUCAAUCUGCCUCAGCAGCUUUGACACCAAGAUCGCCUGUGAAUAA